AUGGCGGACAAGGAGAAGGUCAUCGACAUCCCCAUAGAGGAAGGGGAACCGCUGGGCGCUACACCCAAUGACAAGCUGGUCGUCGUUCGAGUCCAAGCCGGCACUUUGGCCGAGGGAAAGCUCAAGGUAAGACCACUGAAGACGGGCAUUGCGCUUUUAGAUUGGAGACCAAAUUGUCAAGAUCAAUGACACUCCGAUCCGGGACACGAACCACUUCUUCCAGCUGUUGCGAUUCGCCCCUCCCAAUGCCCGGCUCCACAUAAUCAGAGACGAGAACAAGGCGGCCGAGCUCGAGGCCAAGGUUCACAUCCCCCCUGAUCGUGCCAAGUUGAUCCAACGCCGUGAUGGCUUCGAAUAUUUCGUAUGCCACUGAUCACAGUGACUAAUAGUUUCAGCUGGUCAAAAUCGAAUGGAAACCCGGAGGACCCAAACUCGGCUUGGGCAUUCGCCAUUACCAGAACCGAGUCCUGGUCUCGAGAUGUGAUCCCAAUUCAUUGGCCUCGGCUCAGAUGAAGGUCGGAGAUCACAUCAUCGACAUUGAUUCCAAACCAGUUACGGACAAAGACGUGGCCAGAGAGUUCCUUCUCAAGUCCCUCCAGUCCCAAGGAUUUGCGACAAUGGUCGUGGAGAGACCAGAAUCCAUGGAAGCUAAGCACUGGACCCAGCAGGCACUUCAGGCCAAUCCCGCUCAACCUCCAUCUGUGGCCAUGAACUCGGAUGUCAGAGACAUUGCAGCUAAGGAACGCGCCAGACUGAAGGAAAAAGGCGCGGUAAGUUGGAACUGAUCUAUUAUCAUGCUAUCUAUACUGAAAUAGCUUUUGUUGUUCUAGCCGAAGAAGGGCAUUAUGGGCCGAUCCAAUGGUGGAAAACGUGUCCAGAUCAUCGACAGGAUUGGUGAACACGUUAUCGCUUCGGACAACGAAGGAAAGAAUCUCCGCUCCGUCCGCAAGUAG